AGUCAGCGUUCAGGGCAAACUUUGCCCGCCAUCCUGCCUGUGUGUCAGAAACAUGGCGGAAAGCGAGUUGAACGUUGACAGCCUCAUCUCUCGAUUACUGGAAGUACGAGGAUGUCGUCCAGGGAAGGUCGUACAGAUGUCAGAGGCCGAGGUGCGGGGGCUGUGCAUCAAGUCCAGAGAGAUUUUCCUCAGUCAGCCGAUCCUGUUAGAACUGGAGGCUCCGCUCAAAAUCUGUGGUGAUAUCCACGGACAGUACACAGACUUGCUGAGGCUAUUCGAGUACGGAGGUUUCCCUCCAGAAGCCAACUAUCUGUUUCUGGGGGACUACGUGGACAGAGGGAAACAAUCACUGGAGACCAUCUGUCUGCUGCUCGCCUACAAGAUCAAAUACCCAGAAAACUUCUUCUUGCUCAGGGGGAACCACGAGUGUGCCUCCAUCAACCGGAUUUACGGCUUCUAUGAUGAGUGCAAGCGCAGGUUCAACAUAAAGCUCUGGAAGACCUUCACAGACUGUUUUAACUGUUUGCCGAUUGCUGCGAUUAUUGAUGAGAAGAUCUUCUGCUGCCAUGGAGGGCUCUCACCUGAUCUGCAGUCCAUGGAACAAAUUCGACGCAUUAUGAGACCCACUGAUGUCCCAGAUACAGGCUUGUUGUGCGACCUGCUGUGGUCAGACCCAGACAAAGACGUCCAGGGCUGGGGGGAGAACGACCGGGGGGUUUCCUUCACUUUCGGAGCCGAUGUGGUCAGCAAGUUCCUCAACCGCCACGACCUGGAUCUCAUCUGUCGAGCACAUCAGGUUGUUGAAGACGGCUACGAGUUCUUUGCCAAACGACAGCUGGUGACGCUGUUUUCUGCUCCCAACUACUGCGGGGAGUUUGACAACGCAGGCGGCAUGAUGAGUGUGGACGAGUCCCUUAUGUGCUCUUUUCAGAUCCUGAAGCCGUCAGAGAAAAAAGCAAAGUACCAGUACGGAGGGGUGAAUUCAGGACGCCCAAUCACCCCGCCUCGCACCGCUCAGGCACCGAAAAAGAGGUGAGCGGCUGGCCCUGACUCUCCUGCUCCUCCCCCCAGCUGGUCUCUGGCCCUCGUCCCCCCUGCAGGCUGCCUCAAACACUCCAGCCUUCUCUCAGUCAGCUUGUUCGUGUGUAAACAGAAAUUCCAGGAGUGUUUUUUUGCUUGUUUGUGGGUAUUUCUAUGAACCUGUGAGUGGUAUUUUUUAAUUUUUAUGACGCCAUGGUAUGUAUUACUCAGCCCUCCCUUCUACCAGUCAGUCCCAUUCAGCAAUAUUGAAACCAACCUCUUGUGGAAAGGGCAAGAUGUUCAGAAAAGAUGCUUCCCUGCCUUCAGAUUAACAAUUUCCAUGGUGAUUUUGUGAAUGCAUGCACGCUUGUGAGACUGAGAUGGGUUCUUUUAGCCCUAGCCAAUGUAAAAUCCAUAGACUGUCCCAGACAACAGGGCCAAAUAUUUCCUAUCUCUCCUUAAUUGGUCUAAUGUUCAUGUAAUUUACUUAACUACUGCCAUUGCCCCCUUGUACAUGCCUGCGUUAGUACACUGCUUAAAAAUAGCUAGUUUGACAUUUCAAUGAUUUUCCUUUGACUCAAGAAUGUUUUUCUCUGUGGAGAUAAAUAAAAUCCUAAGAUUUUGAUGAUUUAAGUGCAAGAAAUAUUGCUAGAAAUCUUGCUAUAUGCAAGCAUAAUCAUCUGUACAGGCCAUUAAAGUCUAUUUGAUCUUUAAAAGAAGGACACAGCACUGUAAUGCUGUAUUUUACUAGGGCAUUCAUAUGGAUCAGAUGCUCUGUGUUACAUUAGUGUUUCCAGCCUCUUUUCACAACCAACAUCCAGCUAUGAACCUUUUUUACCCCUCGCAUCACUGAAGGAGUGUUUGUCAUUUAAUGUGUACAAGAGGAGAGUUUCCAUUGUUGGUAUAACAUGGGCAAAACAGAGCAAUGCAAUAGCGUAAAAAUUAAAUUUUCUGUUCUUACAGUAUGUAAAUUCAGUGUAUGUGGCAAAUGUGGGAAGCAAACAUCAGUGAGAACUCUGAGUUUGCGUCCUUUAGUCUGUUAAGUACAGUAGGUGAGUAGAACAGUAGAGACGGAGCUGCCAGCGCACAAGAGGACGGUGUGUAAAAAAAAUGAAAAGAAAAUGGCAUCUUGUUAGGUAAGAAACUGUUGAACCGUGCAGGAUUAUAAGAAAUAGUUUUCAAUAUAUUCAUUUUAAAAGUGAUCACAGUUCAAAAUGUCAUGUUUGGAGAGGUGUUUGUUAUCAACCUCUCACAACAUCGUUCCAGUCAUAAGACAUCGCAUGACAUUGUAAAGACAUCAGAAUCAUCAAGUCAGGACGAUGGCAUUUUGUUUGUUGUUGUCAUUAUGCUAGUUCCCACUUAGUGGUUAUUAAAUGAAGUAAAUCAUUUCCAACUCACUAAUGGACAUCUAACCUAUGUAUUUUUUUAUUUAUUUAAAUCUUGCCUUUUGCCUUGUAAAUCUGUCGGUCUUCAAGUUGGAAACGGUAUGUUAAGAUGUUUUGAGAUUUGUACAAGUUUGUUUCAAACGAGUGAAAUAAAUGGAAGUGCUGUUGA